AUGGACGACGACCUUGUCCUCAACCUUUCCCUCGACGAUUCUAGUCCCAAUGGAAAGGGGAAAAGUGGCGUAAAGAGAGGCGGACGCUGGACAGAAAGACUAAAAGUAAAAAGAGUAGCCAAGCGAAAGAGUCGACCAGGAGAACGCGAGAGCGCCCAUACAUGGCCAGAGGUGACUGAAGAACGCCCCCCAAAGCGACCACGGACAGAGUCCCACGUUGUCCCUUCCAAUCAUGAUCGGCCCGCUCCUUCUCGUCCUAGCACCCAAAUAAUUUCUUCCCUCUUCUCUUACAAUCCGACGGUCGAUAUCCCAGUUAAACAGAAAGUAUCCAUAUCCCUUGCUCCCCCCAGCAAUGCCCCCUUGACAGACUCUUCUUCUUUCACCAGGCUUGGUGUAGAUCCACUGCUAGACGCACACCUGUCAAAUAAGAUGGACAUCACAAAACCGACGUCUAUACAACGCGCGACCCUCACUGCCAUGCUUUCCUCCUCGGGUGCGGACAAAGAUAUAUUCAUCCAGUCGCAAACAGGGUCCGGCAAAACAUUAUCCUUUCUCAUUCCCAUAAUCCAAGACCUGCUGCCAUUGAGUAGCCUUUCGUAUAUCGAUCGGUCAAUUGGUACCCUGGCUAUCAUCAUAGCACCAACGAGAGAGCUCGCAAAGCAGAUAUCGGAUGUUUUAGAAGCACUACUCAAAUUGCGACUACGACCAAAAGAUGAGUCUUCCAGCGACGCGUCUUCAACGCGCUUGACACGCUGGCUUGUUUCUGGUUUACUCACAGGAGGUGCCACACGUGCGCACGAAAAGGCCCGUCUGCGCAAGGGUCUUCCCAUCAUUGUAUCGACGCCUGGCAGGCUCUUGGAUCAUCUGCAAAACAGCUCGUCUUUCAGCGUCGGAAAAUGUCGUUGGCUGGUAUUAGAUGAAGCAGAUCGUCUGAUGGAACUAGGGUUUGAAGAAACCAUUACUGGCAUUCUGAACGGACUGAAUGGCCGGAGAAAUCUUGCCAUCCAAGCAACAAAGGAAGGAGUUGGUAGAGAUGUCGGUGGUUGGGAUUGGGAGCGUCGCAGACGAACUGUGCUUUGUUCUGCAACGAUACGAGAGGAUGUUCAAAAGUUAGCUGGGGUGGUCCUCGUCGAACCUUUGAUGAUCAAGGGGAUCGAAAAGGACUUACAGAACAAGCCUUCAACUUCCAAAGAUGCUCCUCCUGAGGCUGCUUCUGGUCCAGAGAAAUUCACUACCCCUUCCCAGCUGUCACAGAAAUAUGUCGUCGUUCCUCUCAAAUUGCGACUGGUGCUUUUGAUCGCCUUAUUACGCUCGCUCAUCGCUCAAUCGCAGAAUCAACGUGGAAGUCAAGUGGUUGUUUUCUUUAGUUGCACGGAUUCAGUGGACUUCCACUGGCAGCUUCUUGGGGGUUCCAUGAUGAACGGUGAUGUGCCGCAGCUACAGGAAGAUGAUUCUGAUGGUGAUUCUGAUGACCACAAUGAAGUCGAUGCUGCGAAAGACAAUAAGACUAUUGAAGUCAAGUCUCCCCUCCUGCCCGACACAUCGAUAUAUCGACUUCAUGGAUCUUUGGACACGCGCACACGUCUGGCAUCUUUACGCGGAUUCUCAAUUUCAGGGAAAUUAAAAUCAUCCAUUCUUCUUUGUACCUCUGUGGCCUCCCGUGGUCUCGAUCUUCCUCUAGUACGAGCGGUAGUUCAGUAUGACUUGCCUACAGAGGGAGGAGAGACCGAAUACGUUCAUCGGGUCGGUCGUACUGCCAGGGCAGGGAAAGGUGGCGAGGCAUGGAGUAUAGUCGCGCCUAGUGAAGCUGAAUGGGUCAAGUGGAUAGAGGGAAAGAUGAAGAACGACGACAAACGAGGAAAGAUAUCACUGGAAUGUACAUCUGUCGAGUCUUUACUGCAAAGUGGGUUUGGUGGUAAAGGGCGCGAAUUUGAAGGUCGCGCUACCGAUGUACAGCUGUCUUUUGAACGAUGGGUUCUCAGCAAGAAAGAAAAUACCUCGCUCGCUCGAAGGGCCUUUUUGUCACAUAUGAGGGCAUAUGCUACUCAUCCUUCAUCAGAGAAACACAUGUUCCAUGUGCGACAUCUUCAUAUUGGACAUCUGGCGAAGGCGUUUGCACUGCGAGAUGCGCCCAAAACCAUAACUAAUAGUGGAAAAAGCAAUCGCGACGCUCGUAAUAAAGACACUGAGUCGCGCAUGACCGAGAUUGUGCGCUCUCAAGGCCGCUUAUCCAAGAAGGGUGGUGUAAUGAACAGCAGUGGAACAUCUGAAUUCCAGAUCGCUGGGGGAGAUGCGCUUGAGAAGCUGGUGAACGGCAUGGGACCAUGA